UGUUCGCAGCAAUAUUUACAAAAUUUAGUGUAGCAUGCGAAAUGGAAGCUGGAGAUUGCAUCUUCUGUAAUAUUGUAAAUGGCAGAACUGACACAGUUUUGGAAAUGGAAUCGGAUGAUUUUGCCAUAUUCAAAGACAUAAAACCAGCUGCGCAACACCAUUACCUAAUUGUGCCAAAGGAACAUUACGAUAGUCUGAAAACGCUCAACAAAUCGCACAUAAAAAUGGUGAGCCUCAUGGAGGAAGAGAUGAAAAACUUCUUCGUAUCAAAGGGCAUUAGCACAGCGGACGCACUCUACGGCUUCCAUUUUCCGCCUUUCAUCUCCGUGAAGCAUUUGCAUAUGCACGGAAUAGCUCCACGUUCCCAAAUGCCAUUUGUCUCUCGGAUGAUGUUUAGACCUUCGACCGCUUGGUUCAAAACCGCCCAGGACGCUCUAGCUUAUUUGCGGACAAAAGCAGUGUAAUUUUCCACUUGCACUCGACGUGCCCAAAUAAUUUUCUUUUAAAGAAAUAUAUUUUGUAUAUAUAUAUACUUUAUUUUCGGUUUUAUGAUAUGCACUUAAACUAAUUCUUAGAUAAGCUAAACACAUGUGUAUGAACAAAUAGCCAACACCUUAAUGCGAGGGUAGUUC